UUAAUUUCAUCAUUUGGAUUACUUUUACUUCUAGGAAUUCCAUAUAAUGUUAUAAAUACAAUUAUUCCAUUUUUAAUAAUUGCUGUUGGUGUUGAUGAUAUGUUUGUAUUAAAUGCUUGUUGGUCAGCAACAGCAAAAAAGAAAACUUUAACUGUUAGUGAAAGAACAGCACAAAUGAUGAGAGAUGGAGGUGUUGCUGUUUCUAUUACAAAUAUAACGGAUAUUUUAGCUUUUUUGGUUGGUUGUGUUACAGAAUUACCCGGAAUUGAAUUAUUUUGUAUUUAUGCAUUUCUUUCUGUUCUUUUUUGUUAUAUUUAUCAGUUAACUUUUUUCACGGGUUUUAUGGCAAUAAUGGGAGAAGCAGAAGAGCAACAACGUCAUUGUAUUUUUCUUUACAAAAUUAAAAAUGAUUACAGUGGGAAUUUUAAUAAUAAACAAAAAAUUGAAAAAUUGGAAGAUGUAAAAGAAAAUGGUAAUAAUUCGGCUGCUCUUUCUUCUAAUGAAGGAAAAAUGAGUAAUGGAAAGAUUGAUAGUACAAAACCUUGUUUUAUUCAAAAUAUUCGAAUAGAACCAACUAGAAAACAAUUAAAUAAAACAACAAUAAAAGCUUUACAUCAACAAAAUAAAAAUAAUAAAAAUUGGGAAAAUAAUUUUUCUUCUUUUUUUACUUCAACUUCAACUUGUAAUUCUACUUCAUCAUCAUCAAAUUUUUCACAUCAUUUUUUUACAAAAUAUUUUGCUCCAUUUUUAUUAAAUAAUUCAAUACGUUUAUCAAUUUUUUUAUUAUUUAUUUGUUAUAUUUGUUUGGCAAUUAUUGGAUGUUUAAAUUUUAGAGAAGGUUUGGAACCUAGUCAUUUAGUUACUUCUGAUCAUUAUGUUGGAAAAUAUUUUGAGAAUAUGAAAAUUUUUUGGAAAAUGGGAGCACAAUUACACGUUGCGGUAUUAAAUCCACCAAAUUUUACGGAUCCUUUACAAAGAGAACAACUUAUGAGAACAGUUGAAGCAUUUGAAAAUACGCCAUAUACAAUGGGAAGGGAGGGAACAGUUUUCUUUUUCUUGGAAUUUUUAAAUUAUUUGGAACAAUUAAAUGCUGAAGCUGAAAAUACUGAAAGAAUUUGGAAUCAUAAAUUGCGUUCAUGGCUAAAAUUUACUGGAGCUAGUAAUCAAUGGGAAUCUGAUAUUGUUUUCAAUCGUUCAAAUAAUGAAAUAAGUGCAUUUCGAUUUCAGAUAGCAAUGAAAAAUAUUGUAGAACCAAAUCAACAUAAAUUAUCAACAAAAUUACUUAGAGAAAUUGCUGAUAGUCAACAACCAUUUAAUUUAGAAAUUUAUCAUGAAAUGUUUCCAUUUGCUGACCAAUAUUUAAUUAUUUUACCUUCAACAUUAAGAAAUGUUUUUAUUUCACUUUUAUGUAUGACUGCUGUAGCUUUGUUACUUAUUCCAAUUAAUUAUUCUUUCAAUUAUUUCUAUUGCAACUGGUGUUUUUGGUUAUAUGACAUUUUGGGUGUUUCAAUGAUCUCGAUAAUAAUGUCAAUUGGAUUUGCUGUAGAUUUAUCAGCUCAUAUUGUUUAUGCUUUUGUUAGUGCACAAGGAAAAGAAUCUAAAGAAAGAGUUAUUUGUGCACUUGGACAUAUUGGUUGGCCGAUAUUUCAGGGUGCUGCUUCAACAAUUACAGGCAUUUCAGUACUUUACACUGUUGAUGCUUAUAUUAUUUUAACAUUUUUUAAAACAAUUUGGUUAACAAUGGUAUUAGGAAUGGUUCAUGGAUUAAUAUUUAUUCCUGUUUUGCUCAGCAUUUUGCCAAUGAGUUUUUUUCAAAUUUCACAACAACAAAUAAAAUCCCAAACAACAAGUUUAGAAAUUAAAAAUGAUUUUUAA